CCCUUCGACUGCUCCCGCCGCCACCCUUUUCCCUCCCGAUCCCCUCCGCUGCCGCUGCCACGAGCUCCCGCCGUCAAGAUCCACCUCCUCCAUUCCCCGCCCCGGGCUCUGCCUCCCACCCCCCCUAGCGCCACCACCUCCAAUCCCUAGCGCCGGCGGCGGCCGUUCUUCCGGCGACAUCACUGGACAGCGGCGAGAAUGAAUAGACAGAUAGAGGUAACAAAUUGAUCAUUCCUCUGGCCAAACUUCCAUCUUACUCCAAGCCCACCUCCAGAAUGGCAGAGCAAUGCAAGAUUUCUGCUGCCAUGGUAUCUGAGGAAAGGUCAUUUGCGCGGUCAUAUGUGCUCAAGGUAGAUGGAUACUCCAGAGCCAAGGCGUUUCUCGAGACCGGCAAGUGCCUUACCUCUGACCCUUUCAGUGUUGGAGGGCACGACUGGACCGUGUUAUGUUACCCAAACGGUGACAAUAGGAAUCAUGCCUAUUACAUAUCCAUUUUUCUACGUCUUGAAUCUGCUGAUGCUGGAGAUGUGAAGGCGAAAUUCACGCUCAGUCUACUUGACAAGAAUGGACAACCGGUGCCUUCAUACAGCCGUGCCUCCCCUGUGCUAACCUUCUCAAAGAAAGAUUCAUGCUUGGGCUACCCUGACUUCUUCAACAAGGCUGAUCUGGAGCGAUCGGCACAUCUAAGAGACGACUGUAUCACCAUCAGGUGCGAUGUCACCGUCAUCCAUGGGGAAGAAACAAGGAUUCCUCCAAGCGACCUGCACCAGCACUUCGGUGACCUCCUCGAGAAUAAGGACGCAGCAGACCUAAUCUUUCAAGUCGGUGCACAGAGUUUCUCAGCCCACAGGUGUGUCCUCGCUGCUCGGUCAUCCGUCUUCAAGGCGGAGCUCCUUGGCACUAUGAAGGAGAGUUCUGCAGCUAAUCCUAUUGAAAUCUAUGACGUGGAAGCUGAUGUUUUCAAGUCCUUGCUUCACUUCAUAUACACUGACUCCGUUCCUCCAGUGCUUGAUGUGGGGAUGGCCAGCCAUCUACUCGUGGCUGCUGACAGGUACAACAUCGGCAGGCUGAAGCUGAUAUGCGAGGAGAAAUUGUGCACUCACAUCGAUUCCAACAUGGUGGCCACCAGUUUAGCUUUAGCAGAGCAGCAUGGUUUCCAUCGUCUCAAAGAGGCUUGUUUGCAAUUCCUUGCUUCUCCUUCCAAUUUCAAAGCUAUGAUGGCAAGCGACGGUUUUGAGCAUCUGACAUCCAGCUGCCCACAUGUUCUCAAGGAGCUUGUAGCUAGAAUCCUUCCGGCUGAAUGGGGGGUGGCAAAGGACGUUGUCAUGACAAUGUGGAAGUAGUGCCUAGAGACCAAUUUAUUAUCAUAUAUAUGUCAUCCGUGUUUAGUACUUAUGGUUAUGCUACUAAUCUGUUUAUGCAUGAAUGUUGUGGAACAAAAAUGCUGCUAUCGAUCACUUUUUUCUUGCUAGAAAGAGAGUCUUGUUUUAAUGGUUAUGCAACUUCUCCAUGUAUGGUUGGAUGGAUCGGGGAGAGUAGUAUCAUUCAUUCAA